CUCACACAAGCCCUUCUUCCGUUCAAUUACCCUUGUGUGCGUCAGAAUGGAGUGUCUAGCGCCAUAUAUCCCUCCAGCUCUUUUGUCGCUCGUAGAGCGUGCCCAGGAGCAAGUUCAAAACCAAACACACACGUUGAGUAUCGCCGUUCUUUCGCUCAGCGCCGUGCUCCUGGGCUACCUCUUCGUUGCAGGUAGCAGGGAAUCACCCGUGUCUUUUACUGUACCUAAUCCGCCUGAGAUUAAUCCACACUGGGAGGGGUCGAAAUGGGAGGAUCUGCCCCAGGGGAGUGAGGAGAGAAAUGUUAUUGAGGGCCAGAUUCGCGGGCAAUGGAACGAGAACCUGAUUAUGAGCUAUUGCCCCGCGGACGGACGAGUACUUGGUUCCGGAAUCAAGCCUGCGACAGCGGAUGAUGUUGAUCGCGCGAUACAAGCGGCGAGCAGAGCGCAGGAACAAUGGGCUACCACUACCUUUGCGGAAAGGCGGCGGGUGCUGAAGACUCUACUCAAGUACGUGCUGGAACAUCAAGAUGAGAUCGUGAUCGCCUGCUGCUUGGAUUCAGGGAAAACCAAGGUCGAUGCAACAUUUGGGGAGACGCUCGUCACUGCAGAGAAACUGAAAUGGACGAUCGAUCACGGUGAAAGGGCGCUGAGCCCGGAGUCGCGACCCACGAAUUUCCUUAUGAUGUACAAGAAGAACCAAGUCAUCUACGAGCCCCUGGGUGUUGUGUCGGCUUGUGUCUCUUGGAAUUAUCCGUUUCAUAACUUUAUUUCGCCGGUGAUCAGCGCCAUCUUCGCCGGUAACGGAAUUGUUGUAAAGCCAUCUGAGCAGACUGCCUGGUCUUCUGUAUACUUCCUCAACAUCAUCAGGGGCGCUCUAGAAAACUGUGGCCAUCCCCGUGAUCUCGUUCAGAGCGUUGUCUGUCUGCCUAAGGUCGCCGACCAUUUAACCUCGCACCCUGGAAUUGCCCAGAUCACAUUCAUCGGCUCGCGUCCGGUGGCGCACAAAGUAUGCGAGUCUGCAGCAAAGGCAUUGACACCAGUAACAGUCGAACUCGGUGGGAAAGAUCCCUCUGUCAUCCUCGAUGACAGCAGAACUAUCAGCGAAGUAACCUCUGUCGCAUCUGUCCUCAUGCGCGGCGUUUUCCAAUCCGCCGGUCAAAACUGCAUCGGCGUUGAGCGCGUCAUUGCCCUCCCUGGCGUAUACGACAAACUCCUUGACACCGUCACCUCCCGCAUUAAAGCCCUCCGCCUCGGUUCAGUCUUACUAGACACAAAGCCCAACAACCCAAACAACAAGUCAGGUGCCCCAGACGUGGGGGCCAUGAUCUCCCCGGCCUCUUUCUCCCGCUUGGAGUUUCUCAUUCAGCGCGCCGUCAGCCAAGGUGCUCGCCUCGUCGCUGGUGGGAAACAAUUCGAACACCCAACCUAUCCGCUCGGUCACUAUUUCACACCGACCCUCCUUGCAGACGUCACGCCCUCCAUGGAAAUUGCCCAAACAGAGCUCUUCGCCCCCGUCUUCCUCAUGAUGCGUGCAUCUUCCGUCUCCGACGCAAUCACCAUCGCAAAUUCUACCCAAUACGCGCUAGGUGCCUCGGUAUUUGGCUACAACACGCGCGACGUGAAUGCUUGUGUCUCAGGAAUAAAGGCAGGCAUGGUCUCUGUUAACGAUUUUGGCAGCUACUACACAGUACAGCUGCCAUUCGGCGGCGUCAAGGGAUCUGGGUAUGGCCGGUUUGCGGGCGAAGAAGGUCUGCGGGGCGUAAGUAAUAUCAAAGCGAUUUGCGUUGACAGGUUCCCGCGCCUUAUGGCGACGAGGAUUCCGCCGCGCGUGGAUUAUCCGAUUAUGAAGGGAGAAGCGGAGAAAGAGAAUGGGGAUGGUGCAUUUGAGAUGUGCAAGGGGGUUGUUGAGACGGGGUAUCAGAUCACGCUGGCUGGGAGGGUCAGAGGUAUUCUGAGGUUGAUUGGGAAUAUGUAGUUCUACUUCUCUGGGGCGUACAUCUAGAGUUCCAAUGAUUUAAUAAAUAUGCUGAUAUAAUUUAAAGAAGCCAAAAAAGAGAG